AUGCAUUUGAACAUCACUAAGACCCUUGCUAUCGCCCUGGCGGCAGGUACCACGCUCGUUGAAUGUACCGCAGUGGCUGAAACAAUUGCGGUGGAGAAGAGACAUUCUGGCAGUUUUGCUGCAAUCGCCCGUCGCAUGGUGCACGCCCUGGAUACCAGAUCUCCCAGUGAUAUUUUUGUGCGUGAGCCCGCACCUGAGCCACAUCAUCAAGGCAUGACUGGCAAUGCCAACGGUGGAGCGAACGGCGGAGCCAACGGGAACGGCGGCGCCAGUGCUGCUGGUGCUCAGGAUACGAACAACGCUGCUGGAGCAGGGAACGGAGCAAAAGCUGCCAAUGGCGCCAACGGUGCAGCAAAUGGCGGGAGCAACGCCGCCGGCGGAGCAGGUGGCGCAAACCUGUGCGCUCGCCAUCACCAAGGCAUGACUGGUGCUGCUAACGCCGGCAACGGUGGCAAUAACGCAAACACGGCGGCAAACAAGGCAACUGGCGGCAACGCGGCUUGCGACAACGCAGGGGGAGCAGCUGGCGGCAACGCUGGCGGCAACGGCAAUGCUGGAGGCAAUGGGAACGCAGCUGGUAAUGCCAAUGCAGGGGCCGCAAAUAACACUGGAGCCAGUGCCAACUCCAGCACGGCCAACGCCGCUAGUGCUAACAACAACGCCGCUGGUGGCGCUACUGGUGGCUCUGCCAACAAUGCUGGAGCGAAGGCGGGUGGAAAUGGCGGUGCGGCGACCAAUGGUGCCGCUAGCGCUAACAGCGGCUCUGGGAACAGCGCCGGAGCAAAAUCGAACGCCAGCGGUGGUGCGGCGAACAACGGUGCGGCGAACGCCAACGCCAACGCCAAUGCUAAUGGAAAUGGGGGUGCAAGCUCAGCUGAGAGCGCCGGAACUGCGUGCAAACGCCACCAUCAGGGCAUGACGAACAACGCCUGUAAUUAG